AUGGAUCCGCACCAGCAGUACAAUGCGGGAGAGGACAUGGUGCAGAGGGAGCAAAUCGUGGCCAUCGCCAAAUUUGUCCACUUCCUCCAGGACAACUUCGCUUACCCCGGCUCUUCUGACAAAGACGUCAAAAUGUCAGAGGCCCUCAAGAGACUCGCCGUCAAGUACAAGGAGCACGUGGAGGACAAUGGCCUCGGCUGGUUCGGAAACGGAGACGAUCUGGGCGGACUGUUCAGCGAAUACUUUUCGUCCAGCAUCCUCAAGCUGAUCAGGGAGCUGCCGGCCCCCAAUAUCCAAGACGAAGCUGAGCACGAGGCCAGAGCUCUUGGAGGCCAGAUCGUCUAUCCUCAGGCGGUCCAAGCCAACGAGACCACAAGCGCCUCGAGCGCCGUCAUGGGACACUACUGCAUCCAGGUCGUGGAGAAUGGUGUUGUCUCUGCACUCAACCUCCACGGUGAUGGCCCUGUCACCAUCACUGUUGUUGUCCAGAAGAGGGGCAAUCCCAUCCCCAACCCCAACUACAACCCCAACGUGGCGAUCCAGAACAGAUUGGCCUAG